CUAAUCAACCACCACCCUCCCUCGACUCCAUCACAUCGCCCAUCCAUCUCCCGCCCACAGUUUGCACCUCUGCACCCACUCGCCAAAACUCCUGCCUGCGAUUGCCCUUGCGACGCCCGCCCGCUCUCACCUUCCCGGCUUUCAUACGCUUCCCUGCCCAACCAGCUCACCUACGGGCCACUGCCGUUGCCGCAUCCGUGCGCCCAUCCGCGCCGGUUUGUCUAUUGCUGCGAAAGCUUGCGCUGCAUCUUGUACACGUCGCGCGCAUGCAAGAGGCCCUCAUCUGAAUCCGUACGCGCGCGCACAACCUCCCCGCCACCACCUCUCGCGUUGCCGCUGGACCUCAUCUCUCUGACUCAUUGCUGCGCCGACUGUCCUUGGUUGUAAACAUUGAUACAAAAGGUCGUACGCCACCACAGGUACGUCACGUGGUACCACUGGGCGCAGCCUCUGUAGCAUCAUUUAUCAUCAUCCUCUCACCCUCGCCAUUCCCCUGCCCGUCUUUUACUCUGGCGACACGCUACACCACCAUCCAUCUUUCACCGCCCCUCCGCCCACCUGCUGGUUGCACAAUUGGACUCAAGUCGCACAAGACCCACACAUUCUAAAACGCUACAGAUCUGCACAAAUUUCGAUUGGGUGCGCACCUCCAUCUCGCCUCUUGCCUCCUGCCACCUGUCCCGCCCGCCACCACACUUGUCCAUGGCCGCAUGCGAGUAGAUAUUUCCCAACUUCGAUCACACACUACUGAACCGGUAUCAUGGCUAUGGAUCUCGAGACGAAUGGCGUCCACAAUGGCACCAACGGCAUCGAUCACGAUGGCUCCGCGCAAUCCGAACCCACCACAAAUGGCUUCCACAAAUCCGUGGAUGCUGCACCAGCGGUAGAUCCUGUCGUCAAUGUGUCGAGCGGAAUCGAUGGCGUAGGCGACUUUGUUGGCGGUCAACACGACAACAACUCUUUGUUUGGAUCAGAUGCCGGAAUUACUUCGACGUUGGAUGCGGCAGAAGCUCCUACGUCUGACGUGCGCGAAGCUCCCAUUCAAUCUGCGGAAGCGACUACCCAGUCCUCCAGCGAGAGCACGCAAAAAGUCCCGGAAACGCAAUUGGAGCCAGUUAGCGAUGCGCAGGAUCAGAAGAAAGACACGCCAGAAGCUGCAGACGCCACAAAAGCGGAAGACGCCGCCGUUAAUCCCCCUCCCACGCAGAACAUGACCGAUCUUUCGCUGGAAACGCAGCAGGCAGCGGCGCACACUCCUGCCGCCACUGUCGACCAUGAGAUGGAGGAUGCACCUGCGUCAGGAAAGGUCCGGCCACGCGAAGACGAUGCAGAGGAGGGUCGCGACGAUGAGCGGGAUGCAAAGCGCGUGAAAACUGAGCCGGCAAUGGAAAUAGAUACCAAGACGGAUGUAAAACCAGCAGUCAACAACGCUGAUCAGUCCGAUGGUACUGCUGCAGCUCCCGCGGCACUUCCUACGCCUACAUCUACGCAAGGAGGGUCAGUUGUCCAAACCGCCGUGAAUUACAAGGACUGGCCUUCGUCAUCCAUGACAGAGGGUCAACGCAAAUUCCUCCUUGAAAGAAUCCGGAACACCAAGAAGAUCAAAGUCUCUGUAGCCUUCAAGGACCCCGUCGAUCCAGCGGCUCUCAACAUUCCUACCUACUAUGACAUCGUCAAGAAGCCCAUGGACCUCACCAAGAUUGAGAAUAAAUUGAAGGAGGCAAAGUACCCCAAGGUGGUGGAUUUCAUGGAGGACUUGGACCAGAUCAUCACCAAUAGCGAGUUGUUCAAUUCGAGCAGCCAUCCUAUCACGCAAAAUGGAUAUAAUAUGAGGGCAUACUUCCUAAAGGGCACUGAAAGACUGCCGCGUGAGGGCGACGAACCUGCAAAAGCAUCCAAGCAUACGAAGAAGCCAUCAACUGCCGCCGUCCCAAACAAAGCUCGACGUGAGUCUCGAGUUGCCCCCACCACGGCAAAGUCGCCCACUGCUCCUACGCCCACUGCUACAUCACCUGGCACCGUCUGGCCUCUUCAGGACGGGGUGCCGUUGAUCCGACGUGAAUCCCAGUCGCUGGAUGGUCGUCCUAAACGUGAAAUCCACAGGCCUGCUCCCAAAGACUUGCCUUAUAGCAAGCCGAGGAAGAAGAAGUACCAGCAUGAAAUCAAGUUUUGCGCAAGUGUCAUGGCGGAACUGAUGAAGCCCAAAUAUCGGGCAAUUUCAUUCCCAUUCACGGCGCCCGUAGACCCCGUUGCUCUUAACAUCCCUUCCUAUCUGAAGAUCAUCAAGAAACCAAUGGACUUUGGUACGAUCGAACAGCAGUUGAAAGAGGGCCAGUAUCAGAGUGCGAAGGAGUUCCACAAUGACUGCAUGCUUGUCUUCAACAACUGCUUCAAGUUCAAUCCCGAAGGAGACGAGGUGAAUAAAAUGGGCAAGCAGUUCCAAGAGCUGUUCAACAGUCUGUGGGCAGAGAAGUCGGAAUGGCUUUCCCAGCAUGCUCCUGAAGCCGUUCCCCAGUCCCCAGGUUCUUCGGAAGAUGAGGAGGAAGAAGAUGAAGAAGAAGAAGAUCCUGCGCAAGCCCAGUAUCUCGCUCUUCAGAAGCAGAUUGCACAGUUGACCGAAGCUGCGCAACAGCUUAUUCAGGAGCGACGCAAGGGCGCAUCUCCAAAGGCUUCGUCCAAGAAGAAGUCAGGAUCUAAGCCGCAAGUCCCUUCUAAACGGAAGAAUGCUCCACUGUCGGUUCCUCCGCCACCCAAGGCAGCGAAGACCAAAGCGCGAACGAAAGCGCCGGCCCCGCUCACAUACAAUCAGAAGCAGGAGAUUUCCGAUGGCAUCACCACUUUGGGCGACACUGAUAUGAGACGCGCCGUCCAAAUCAUCAGGAAUGGGUGCCCUAAUUUGGCGCGCGCGGAUGAUGACGAGAUGGAGAUUGACAUGGAUGAAAUCAAUGAUGACACCCUGCGCGAUCUUCUCAAGUUCAUCAAGUCGAUCCGGAGUCCCAAGAAUGCCGUAGCCGAUGAUGAUUAUGAUCCACCGCGACCCACGUACAAGGCUGCGGCUGCUAGUAGGCCCAAGAAGAACAAACCCAUGGGCAAGACCGAGCAGGAGGAUAGCUUGCGCAGGAUCCAGGAGAAGAUGCAAUCUUUCAACGGAGCUGCGUCUGGAUCCAGCCAAUCCCCGCCUGCCAACCAGGAAGAAUCCAGUGAAGACGAGUCUAGUGCAUCCGAGAGUGAAGAGGAGUGA